UAACCCUCUCCCAAAACCUUCUUGUUCACCAGUUGCUCUAGGGAUACAAGAAUGAUUGGCAGACUGCACUUUCUUUCGAACAACUCGCGAUGAGGAUCUAUGAAAAGUUAAGAGAGAUAGUGAAGAUUCAAAAGUUCCGCAGAUUGGUGUCAUAUACUGGGUUUUACUGUUUCGCCACACUCAUAAGCUACGCUUAUGUCAACAAUACGACAAGAGCUGGUUACUCUAGAGCCGAUCAAUUCUAUGCAUCAUACCCUGCUGGUACCGAGCUUUUAACGGACACUACCAAGUUGUACAAAGCUGCUCUUGAAAACUGCUUUGAAGCUGAAGAGUGGGGUCCGUUUGAGUUCUGCAUCAUGGCAAAACACUUUAAUCGUCAAGGGAAUUCGCCAUAUGCUUAUCAUGCGUGUUUAUGGAAUUAACAAAAGAAUAUGACGUGUUUGGCUUCUUUCAGCAAUACUUGGCACACCUCCUUUCUCUUGGACAACUUGAUGGAAGUGGUUGAUCAGAGUGAUUUACAUAUAAACUAUGAUGAAGUAUGACAGUAGAAACUUUUGCAAUAUAUGAAGACAUGUAAAGGCAAAUGAGAAAACAAUGAGGUUUGAGUACUUACUGAGAUUUGAACUCCCUGUGCAUUCUACAG